AGCAAAAAGCAGGCACUUAAGCCUUAAAUCUGGAUGAAAAAACUUCCACCUUAACUCACUACUUUUAGCUUUUAUUCUAGGGGUUUUAUCACUAUGACCUCACUGGUGUUUGAUUGAUAUCUUCAAUAUUUUCUCAUCUGAUAUGGAUAUAUUGAUUUUUUCCCUCCAAACAUACAACUGAACAGACUUUGUUGAAAAGUGAAGCUUUUUUUUUUUCUGCUUUUUUGAGAUUUUUUUGUCACAAUGGCACUGGACUCAGAGUUUGGUGUGAAGGGCAGCAGCAUCAUCAGGGAAUGGAGCGGACAGGUCCAGCCCGCUCUGGUCGCCUCCUUCGUUUUCCUCUUCUGUCUGGAAGCCUGUCUGUGGGUCAGGAACCUCAGGCUCAAGAAGAGACUGCCCGGACCCUUCGCCUGGCCCGUGGUGGGCAACGCCAUGCAGCUGGGCCAGAUGCCUCACAUCACCUUCGCCAAGCUGGCCAAGAAAUACGGCAACGUGUACCAGAUACGGCUGGGCUGCAGCGACAUCGUGGUUCUGAACGGAGACAGGGCGAUACGUGAGGCUCUCAUACAGCACAGCAAAGAGUUUGCAGGCAGACCCAACUUUGUCUCUUUCCAGAUGAUCUCCGGAGGCAGGAGUUUGACAUUUACUAAUUACAGCAAACAGUGGAAGGCGCACAGGAAAAUAGCCCAGUCUAGCCUCAGAGCCUUUUCCUCUGCGAACAGUCAGACCAAAAAAGCCUUUGAGCAGAACAUCAUGGCCGAGGCCAUGGAACUGGUGCAGGUAUUUUUGCGCCAGAGCAAUGAUGGACGGUACUUUUACCCUGCUCAUGAAUUUACAGUAGCUGCUGCUAACAUCAUGUGCGCUCUCUGCUUUGGGAGGCGAUAUGGACAUGAUGACCUGGAGUUCAGGGCCAUGUUGAAGAAGCUGGACAAGUUUGGGGAGACGGUAGGAGCAGGUAGCUUGGUAGAUGUCAUGCCCUGGCUUCAGUCCUUCCCAAACCCGGUCCGCAGCGUCUAUGAAAACUUCAAAAACCUCAACGAGGAGUUUUUCGCCUUUGUGAAAGACAAAGUGGGACAACACAGAAACUCCUUCAACCCCGAUGUGACCCGGGACAUGAGCGACGCCAUCAUCAACGUGAUCGAGCACGGACAGGACAGCGGGCUGACGAAAGAGUUCGUUGAAGCGACCGUCACAGAUCUGAUUGGCGCAGGUCAAGACACGGUGUCGACUACCAUGCAGUGGAUCCUCCUGCUCCUGGUCAAACACCCGGACAUGCAAGCCAAACUGCAUGAGCUCAUUGACAAAGUGGUAGGCCAAGACAGACUGCCAUCAAUCGAGGACAGGAGCAGCCUGGCUUACCUGGACGCCUUCAUCUACGAGACCAUGCGCUUCACCAGCUUCGUCCCCAUCACCAUCCCGCACUCCACGACUUCAGACGUCACCAUCGAGGGUCUCCACAUCCCCAAAGACACGGUGGUCUUCAUCAACCAGUGGUCCGUCAACCAUGACCCCUUGAAGUGGAAAGACCCUCACAUUUUUGACCCCUCGCGCUUCAUUGAUGAAAACGGGGCCCUCAACAAGGACAUAACCAACGGUGUGAUGAUUUUUUCAACAGGUAAAAGACGCUGCAUCGGCGACCAGAUCGCCAAGGUGGAAGUGUUUUUAUUCACAGCGGUCAUGCUGCACCAGUGCAGCUUUGAGAGCGACCCCUCUGAGCCCCUCACUCUUGACUGCUCCUACGGGCUCACGCUGAAGCCCCUCCGACUCUGUGUGAACGCCAAGCUCAGGGGAAAGCUGCUCGGCUUAGUUUCCCCGGCAUGAACAGCACGUCCCAAUACUGUGACUCGAGGCCAGCGAACACUUUUCCCCCCAAUGACAUUUAACAGUGAGUAUCAACAUACGUGCACUAAAUCCUACUGUUGUAUGAUUUUCCUAUUUAAUAAUGAUAUUUAAUGGGUAUCUUAACACGGUCUGUAUUUGAAUUAUUGUUGGUGCGGGGUUGAGAAUAUGAUGUCAAAGAUGUAAUAUUAGCUACAGGUAGAAUUCAAGGUUGUGGACUGUUGGAAUCAGUGCAAAAGGUAUUCAUUUUCUGCUUCACUAAACACUCCAUACUUGAUCAGAUUGUGUACAUAAUUCUGUGUUGUUUUACGUCCACUACUGCGCAUGUACAUGUAUGACGUGUUUGCAGGAAAUAGCUACAUCCCUUAAAUGUCAAUUUAAACUAAUAUAACUGUACAUGAAAUGCUUGUGAAUGUUAUAAAGUCACUUGAUGACUUCUUGUUCUCAUUUGUAAUAUGUAAGAAUAUAUUUAACCUUUGCCACGUAAAAAAAAGCAAGUUACAAAAUAUUUUUUUAUAAUUUCAUAUUCCAGGUAAUGACAAUAAAUGUAAUAAUGUAUUUCACUAUCUACUGUACUCCGAGCAUAUGAACACAUUAAACAGAGAAUGCUGAUCAAAGUGGAGGGAAAAAAGGCUGGCAUGUUUGUGAAGGAGGAAGUCUUUCAUCAAGGAGACAUCCAUCACGGACUAAAGGAUGAAGAAGAGACAUUGCCAUGAACCGUGAACGCUUCACAAACGUUAUGCACCCAGGGUUUAGUUUUACUGUACAAGCACUGCAGCUACCCCCGCGCCAAACACACAACUCUCACCAGUAGAAAAAAAACCCCACAUGUGCAGCAAAUAUCUUUCACUCAUGAGGCAUUCUUAAAAUCAUGUUUGUUUACAAAGUCACUUUUUCAAAGCUACAUGGAUGUCACUGCACUCUCUUUAAGCUUCUGCAUUCAGGAGUUGAUGUUACAAUGCCCGAGGGAUGUGUUUCUCCGCCUUGAAUGUUUAAGCAUUCCUCAUAGAGGAUAUUUUGUUAUCAAUGUGUUGGCUUUAUAAAGUGGAACAAUAAGCUAUAUAUGAAAUUAAUAAAGUGAAUUGUCAAUGGUCA